AUGAGUGUUGUGACCACGUCGAAAGAUCCAGUCCUCUUUUACUGGCGAGGUCUGGGUCGAAUUUGUCGUCACAGGAAGUCAGAACGAUCCGCUGCUGAUGUAAGUACAAUUUCUGGCGGUCUCAAUGGAAACGGAAUACUUCAGGAUUCCCACAAUGUCCUUGAGUUUGAAUCCACUGCUGAUUCCGAAAACCUAGCUCUCUCCAGGACCUGUCUGAAGUUGAUCAGUCCCCUUCUUCAAGUUAUUGAUAUUUCUCCAACCAGCCACACCAGUGUACGAAAGUAA